AUGGAGUCUCAUCAUAAUAAUAAUGGCUUGCCGUCAUUGGAGUCAUUGGAGAAUAAAGCUAGCUCUUCCAGUAACGAGCCUGGCAGCAAUAAUUCCUUAGACGAUGCUGUGGGCAAGCUACUGCAAGGUUACGAUUGGACGUUACUUCCGGUGACUUCGCGCGCCGGCGGACGAAGAAGCGCCCACGUGAAGCGCCCGAUGAACGCCUUCAUGGUGUGGGCACAGGCGGCAAGGCGAAGACUAGCCGACCAGUAUCCACAAUUGCACAACGCCGAGCUGUCCAAGACGCUGGGAAAAUUGUGGAGGAUCCUGAGCGAUGGCGAGAAGCAGCCGUUCAUCGAGGAAGCCGAGAGACUGCGGAACGCACACAAGAAGCAGCAUCCGCAUUACAAGUAUCAACCUCGUCGCAGGAAGCCGAAGUCCGACGAUCAAAUGGGUAUUAUCGUGCACAGGGGUGGACUUCCAUCACCGGGGACCUCCCUCGACUCCUCGGCCAGUUCCUCGGACUGCACUUACGCUCGCCUAUAUCCGGACGCUGGUGUGAAGGCGUACGAGCGACCGACGGCUUAUCACGAACCGAAGUCUAGCGCUUACGACUUAGCUCGACCGGUCUGGGUCAACGAGACAGUCGCCAAGUAUCCCGCUGUCGAUCAUCCCAACAAGUCGACGUACGAGACGACAGCCAGAAGCUACGCCGAGGCAAAGUGCCACGAAGUAGCUAAGUACCAUCACGAGAUGACCGGCACCAAAUAUCACCACGAGAUGGUCGGUACAAAAUACCAUCACCAUCAUGAGUCGGCGGCGACCAAGUAUCCGGAUCUGCAGGCCAAACCCUAUGAUCUGCCCAAAUACCCGGAAGCCAAGGGAUAUCCGGAUGGUCUCAAGUACUCCGCGGAGAUGAACAGCGGCGCGGCCGUGGCCGCAGCCGCUGCGAAGGCGUCCUACACCUGUGUACAUGGACAAUACUACCCUACCACGGAGGGAUACACCGUACACGGCGAAGAGAACGACUACCAGCCACAGAGUGUGUCGACGCAUCCCUCUUUUUACCCUUACAUAUCGGCGUCCAUGGCACAACCGCCGUACUACAUGGGACCCCGAUAGAUUGUGAGCAGAAGAUGGGAGGCGACACGAGACUAUUCUUGAAGAUUUUCAUAAGAUUGAAUGAGACUACACGGUGCAUAUCGAGUAAAAUAAAAUCGUUAUCUAUUGCCAAUCUCGGAUAGAAAACUAUUUUUUCUAUGAACAAAUUGGUCGAGACAAUGUUUCUGAUAAAAUCAAGAUCAUGUCAUCCUCCCCUCUGACUGCGAAUCGUGUUUCACUCGAGUCUUGAUGUUAUGCAAGAAUUUUGCAGCGGCGUGUGUAUGUAUGUGUGGAUGUGUGUGCGCUUGAUAAACUUCGAGCGUAGACGAUCGUUAGGAUCCAGCGAGAUUUAAUUCAAUCGGGUAUCGUGCGCUUAAUGAAACUCUGUAAAGUACUUAAACGAUACCGGUUAUUGUACUUAACAAUAAAUUGAUAACAUUAAAUUGAUACUUUAUUUUGCAAAGCGAGAUAUAUCAUUCGAUCGCCUUGUAAUUCUUUUUUUUUAAUUUAUUCUUUUCUGUAAACUCUGUGACACAAAUAAAACAAAUCUAUCUAAGCACUCUUGAGUUAUAAA